AUGGCGAACUCGACGGACUGGCGCAUCGUCGAGAUUUUCCAGAAUAGGGCAUUUGUAGACGAGCAACUUCUACGGAUCAAGCGACUGCGACUGGACAGACGAAUGGGUGAUAUCGAGGAGGUCGUGAUCUGUUCCCUGCCACACAAAGGUGGAAGGCAAGGCGAUAGAAAUCCAGACGUCGACAUGCACAUUACUGCUGAGCUUCUCUCUGGCACAGGGAGAAAGAAGCUGCUCGUCUUCGAUGCCAACAACGAGAACGGCACUUGGUCGCUGGAGAACCAAAAGAAGAACAAGGAGUAUCGAACAACUUAUGACCAAUAUAAGGCCUUCAGCUACAAGGACCCCCAAUCUGGAGAAAUCUACUACUUGAAGAAGACAACCAAACAUCACCUCUACACACCCACUCCUCCUUGUAUACUCUACCCUACCGAGUAG